CGGUCUGAAAUGCUCCUGCGCCAUCCUUCCUUUGUCUGCCAAGCAGAGCACAGCCAUCGACGUGGAGGAAGGCGCCGGCCGGGAUCGCUGCUCCGUAUUCGGUCACUGUCGCUGCUUUGUCCAUCAAUUAUUAUUAUUUUUGCUUAAACAACAACGCUGGAGUAAAAUAUCGCUCGUAGAACCAAUCGCCACAGCUAGUUUCGAGUAAAUUGAGUGCUAAAACAGGAGCAACUCUUGAGUCCGCCAUAGUCGAGCUCGGCAACAGAAAAUCAAAAUGGAAGACACCAAGUACCUCCCGGAGCUGCUGGCUGAGAAGGACAGCCUGGAUUCAUCGUUCACACACGCCAUGAAGCUUAUCGCGGCAGAGAUUGAGAGGAUCCAGAAAGGUGAAAGUAAAAAAGACUCUGAAUCAGAAAAGGAGACCUACCUGGACCUGUUUGCCACCAAGAACCUGAAACUCAAAGAGCGUGUGCUCAUUCCCACCAAGCAGUAUCCCAGGGUCAACUUUGUUGGAAAGCUUUUGGGCCCUCAGGGCAGCACAAUCAAGAGACUCCAGGAGGAGACCGGGGCUAAGAUCUCCGUUUUGGGCAAAGGUUCCAUGAGAGACAAGAAUAAGGAGGAAGAGCUGAGGAAGAGCGGCGAAGCAAAAUAUGCUCAUCUGGCCAUGGAGCUUCACGUUUUCAUCGAGAUAACUGCACCCAUACCAGAAGCAUAUCUGCGCAUGGCUCAUGCGAUGGAUGAAGUGAAGAAGUUCCUUAUCCCUGAACCAGGUGAGUAUGACCCUUACCUGGACCCUCAAUUCCUGAAUGGAUCCCAGGAUGGUUCAGGCAGGGGGCGCGGUGCUCUGGGAAGGGGCAGAGGUGGACCACCUGGUGCAGGAGGACCAAGGGGGCGAGGUAUGCCACGUGGAAACAUGAGAGGAGCUCCGCGCGGAGGAGCUCCGCGUGGAGGGCCAGGAGGACGAGGCACAGCACCUAGAGGGGCCCCGGCUGGUAGGGGUGGGCCACCCUCUGCUCCUACCAGAGGAGGAUCUUCUGCUCGCUCCAGACCACCUGCAGCUGGGGCUCAGAGGAUGCUGCCCACUGCAGGCAUGUCCCACCAGCAGGUUCCUUCAGGAUCGCAGCCCAAACCCGAUGGUUAUGACGAAUAUGGUUCAUAUGAAGAGCCUUAUGCAGAGCCUGUCUAUGAAGGAUAUGAUAGUUACUACAGUCAGCAGCCUACUCCAGCGGAUACUGAGUAUUAUGAUUAUGGGCAUGGUGAAGCCCAGGAUUCAGCAUAUGAAGCUUACGGUCAAGGUGAAUGGGACAGUUCGUGGUCCAGUUCUGGCGCCGGUGGCAAGGCGCCCCAGUCACGGCAGACGAAGGGAGCGUAUAGAGAGCAUCCCUACGGAAGAUACUGAACAACUACCGGUAGAGAGUUGCCAUGGCAACUGUCUCCGAUUCUAACUCUUAAGUUUUGAAAAGUAAUUCCCUUCUCGUUUGUUCCUUUUUUUUUUAUGAUUUAUUUUAUAUAUAUAUUUUUUUGUUUUUAAAACUUAGACAUUUUGUUGGAUGUAUCAAGAGUGCCAGAGAAAAAACAUGAACGCAGAGUUUCUUUAAUUGUUUUAUCUAUUUCCAUUUAAUGUUUCAGUUGCGUAGUUAAAGUCUUAGUGGCAUAAACCUAACUAAAGUGUGACAUUUUUAGUGAUGUUGAUGGUUUAAUUAGUUAAUUGUUUUCUGAACAAACUGUGAUUGUGGCGAUAAAACUUUCUCACGUAGGCUGCAUUUUCAAACGUCCUUCACAACUGGACAUAAAUUCCUCCCAAUACUGUUUCAGUGUAAGUUUACUGUACCUUAAAGCAAAUCUAGCUACAAAUUCAAGUGCAAAUUUUGGUUAACAUCAAAAGACUUAUAUUUGUUAAAAAAAUACAAAUCUAGUUUUUUCUGAAUUACAAAAUGUACUAAAAUAUUGUGGACAUUUAAUUUGGAAAAGGAAUAAAGUUCUUUUUUGCUACAUUUUACAAUUGGUAUAAUAAGUCGUUCUGUAACGUUUAAAAUUUAUACUGAUUAAUUAAAGGAUAAAAUCUGCUGUAUGGAAAAGAAGGCUGCAGCCAACUCAAUAUUUUGUACAUAAUCUUAGAAAAACCUGUGUAUGCUAUAAGUCGUCUCCAAAAUGCUUGUGUACCUUUUGCCUAAAUAGGAUACUAAACACAUCCCAAUAUGUUUUUCUGAAGUGCGUGUUUCAAUAAAGUUUCUAGUUUCUUUUUAA